UGAGAGGCAUGGCGGGUGAGACGUCGCGCUCCUGCCUCACAUCUUUACUACAAGUUUGUGUGUUAAUAUGGUGUUUCUGGGUGAGCUGGGCCUCCAAACUUAAUGUCCCGAGAGUGCUCCUCCCUUACAACCAUGAGAUACCAUCCAAUUUCACCCUGAAAGUGUUUGAGGGCGGCUGUUAUAGGUGGUCGUGUUCAAGAACUGAAGUUGUCAGGCUUUAUGAAGUUAUAGAAGAUGAGUGUGCCAACGAAGUACAGGUGUCUGCCAUCAGUCGGUCACCCUCUAGACAAACAGCUAUUAUCUUGGCUCAAGAUACAGGCAGCGGAGGAAUUUUACGUUGUGAUGUUCUUGUUGACACAAUUCAUCGAUUGGAGAUAGUUACUACAACGAGAGAACUGUAUGUAGAGGAGGCUCCAGAAGAAUUUGAAGUUCGCGCAUAUGAUGACCAAGGCAAUGAAUUUACUACAUUGGAGGGCAUUGAAAUGAUAUGGGAUCUUCAGACCUUGGCUGAUCGGGGAUCUGUAGUGGCUGCACAGACUGUUCUCCGAUUCAUGACAUUUGAGGGGUCACCAUAUGAAAUGCCACCCUCUAUUGCACCUCUUGAAGAGAGUGGCCGCAUGGGUUACAUGGUUCUCAUUGAAGGAAGACAAACCGGCUCAGCCAGACUUUCAGUUAGGGUUGCUCAUCCAGCAUAUAAGCACCUGGCUCCUUCUUCAGUUGAUCUCAUGGUUGUGGCAAAUCUACUGUUGGACCCAGCAGAUGUUCAUGUCCUACCACACACUGCUGUACUGUACACAGUCUUCCAGAUCAAACAAGGACAUCUUUCUGUCAUUGAUUUACCAGCAUCACAGUUUUACUUGCAAGUUGCAGAUACAGAAAUUGCAGAGCUCAACACAGAUGGCAUCAGCAUCACAGCUAAGAAUCUUGGCACAACUCGGGUGAUUUUGAAGGACAACAAUGUUGUCUCCGAGCUGGUAAAGCAACCUACAGCCACAAUACAUGUGGUAGAUCCAUCGUAUCUUAUCAUCUCUAUUGAGCCCCAUAACAACCCAGCACUUACUCGUGGAAAGCAUUAUGCUGUUAUUGUCAACGUUUUUGAUAAACAGGACAAUAAAAUCCAUUUAGCUGAGAAUGUUGUGAUUGAAACUACAAUUCAGUCUGAGUACUUUGCCUCUGAAUUUGUCUCCAAAAAUGGAUCCUAUGUGUAUGGUGUACCUAUCAAAACAGGAAAGACCAAAGUUCAGGCUGUUCUAUUGGCAAUACAAGUAGAUGACAAGAUUUUGGAAAUUACUCCAGCUCUGAAGACCAGCCAAGAGAUAGAAAUAUUUGACCCUGUCAAAGUCAUUCCACCACUAACAAUUUUGCCAUGGGAUCCAAUAACAAAGCCAGUAUACAGUUUCAAUCUAACAGCUAUUGGUGGUUCAGGUGGUGUAAUAUGGAGCAGCAGCAAAACAGAAGUGGUUGGGGUAUCACAGAUGGGUGUAUGCAAGACAAAGACUCAUGGCUCUGUAUCAGUUACUGCAUCUAUGGUACUCAACCCACAUAACAAAGAUGCAGCUCAGAUCCACAUUGUCGAGGCCAUAGGCUUGACACUACUCGAGGGAAUUGUCGAGGUAGAAGUUGAAGAAAGGUUGCCUCUGCAUGUGGCCUCGUUCACACAGUGGGAUAAUACUAUGGUGCCUUUCACAGUGUGCCACCAGUUACCUCUGAAAGUAGAACCAGUGGAACUCAAAUUCAUUGCUUUACCAGACGUUAAGAAACCCACGGUUGAAAGCUCCUGUGCAGUUGUUGAAGUCGAAGGAAAAACCCCAGGGUUUUCUGCAGUUAAAGUUUCUUACCAGAGUACUAAAGGUGAACUGGCGCCGACUGUGGUUGCUGCUUUUGGUGGUUCUACUUCUGGUUACCACCAGUUCUGUUCUGACUAUCAUAACCCUCUAUCUUCUACCACCAUUACUAUUACUGACUCGAUUGGGAUGAUUGCCAUUUUGCAGAUGCAUUCGCUGGACAGACAUCAGGAAUCUGUUGACUUCAGAAUACCCUGUCUAUUGAAUGCAUAUGACAGGCUGCAUGGGUUUAUCAAGAUAGACAACACAGAUAUGGUAAGAGUGAAGCUUUUAGGUGAAACUAAGAAACAUUCUGAUAUACAUGCUGUGGAAGUAUUGUGCCUUGAUCUUGGCGAGUUUACACUCACUCUUACUGUUGGAAACUCUCCAUCUCCAACUCUUCCUCAUCCUCGAAGUGUUAGUUCAACUCUGAAAGUUGUGUGUGCAUUGCCAGAUGCAAUUAGUUUGGCAGCUGUUAUAAAGAGACCUGUUGCUGCUCAGUCACCUUGUCCAGCUGUAGCAGAGAUUGGGGUGUCUGUUGCUCACUGUUAUAAAUCACUUUUAAUGGAAGUGAUUGUAACAGACUCUGAUAAUCGUAAGUUUGACAACAUAUCCUCCUUGGUCUUCAAAUGGAGUUUGUCAAAUGAGUCCUUAGCAGUUAUUCCUGAUGAGCCUUCCAGCCUCAUGCAAGUCACUACUAUACAUGGCUUCAGCCUUCCAGUGAAAACCCAUCAGAUGCUAAAUCCCAUUGGAGAAGUGGGAGAAGUGAUAGUCGGAGUGAAACUUACUGGUUUCAACAAGUUGGCGUCUGAAGCAGCCAUACAACAUACACUGUCUUCCCUCUCAGCUUCUUUGCCACUCAGACUAGUUCAGGAUGCCAUGUUGAAACCACCAUCUGCAGUUCUGUAUCAGCAUAAAGAUAAUAAGUUGGAUUUAAGUGUAACAGGAGGUUCGGGAUUCUUUGAGCUUCAGACUACAGAAAGUGAUGUGGCUACUGUCUCAUAUAUGGAUAAGGACAGGAUGGUUUAUGUUCAGCCUCUGUCAGACGGAGAGCUGAUAGUGUCACUUGUUGAUGUAUGUUUACAAGCAGAAAGGCCAGCUACUUCACAUGUCAAGAUUGCCAGUAUUGCUUCUCUUGACUUGUUGGUUGUGGAUCGUGUGGAGUUGGGUGGGAUGUUGGAGGCUGAAGUUUUGGUAAAAGACUCGUCAGGUCUUCCACUGCCUUCUCAUAAACUGAUGAAUCUGGCACCUCAUCCACAGGCAAAUAUUAUUACAACAAGGUAUCAGGGAGUAAAUCAUGAAGGCAAUGCUGUGUAUGAGGUUACUGGUCGACAUGUAGGAGACACAACAUUGCGUGUCAGUACUGGCAAUGGUGGUCUGGGUGAGGCUUUGAUCUACAGUCCUGCUAAACCUAUUCAAGUGUUUCCACCGCUUGUGUUGCAACCCCGGAAUAUUACUCUAAUUAUUGGUGCAGUUUACCAGGUGGAAACCAGUGGUGGCCCUUACCCAGAUGCAAGUGUAGAAUUUUUAAUAGCUAAUGAAACAAUUGCCAGUACAUCACAUGCUGGAAUAGUUACUGCCCUGUCCCUGGGCACAACAAUUUUGACUGCCCAGGCUGUUAGUGUCGGUAAAGAAACUGGUUACAAGAUUGUUUAUUCGCAGGAUGUGGCGAUAAUCAAUGUAAUUCCUUUUGAAAAAGUUCGUAUUUAUGCACCGCUCACCCACUUGGAGACUGGGACAACAAUGCCACUAUAUGCCCUUGGGAGUGAAGACCAUUUGAAUCCUUUAGCAUAUGCUACAGCUGUUCCACCAUUGCUCUUUGAGUGGUCAAUUAACAACAAACAAAUUGCUUCAUUCAUAGGAAUUUAUAAUAAGAAUGGGCUGCAGGAAACUAAAGAAAAUAAUGGUAUUGUCAGAUUGAAAGCUGAACGACCAGGACGAGUCUCUGUGACACUUAAAGUGAAACCUGGUGUUCCUAUAAGCCAUCCUGACUUCCAGGUUAUGGAUAAUGCUGUUCUUACAGACAAGUUAGAAAUCAGGGUAUUUGAAUCUUUGAGACUGACGUAUCCUGGUGAUGGAUCAUCUGAACUCUUGUUGUCUACACAUGCUGAGGCCAAGAUUAUCACUAACAGAGAUGUCCUUCACCUUGUUAAACAUGAUGAUCUGAAGGCGUAUGAUCCUACUGGUGCACCUGCAGUAGGGCAGCAAAGAGAUGGAGAUGGACAGUUAUCUUAUAGGAUAGAAAAAUGUAAUGGAUGUGAAAGCAAAAUCCCUGAUGUGAUUACUGUAAACCACAAUGGCAUAGUUAAGUCGGGAAGCACACCUGGGCAAGCCACAGUUAUAGUCACCAUUGAAGAGAAUUAUGGAGUUACACAGAGUUUAUCAGUCUUAGUGGAGGUAAAGAAGGUUUGUUACAUGCAAACUGAAAUAGAAAGUUUUAUGAGUGUAGCUCCUGGAGAAUCUGUCAGUGCUUUACCUGUCGGAGCAACAUUACAACUUCAUCUUUCAUACCAUGAUAACCGAGGACGAGUUUUCCACGCAACAAGUGCAGAACCAGCCUUUAGCUCCUCAAGAUUUGAUCUUGUUGGUGUUAGUCAUGGGAAAUUGAAUGACACACUGCUGGUAGAUAUACGAGGAUCUGGGCAAACAGUACUGCACAUGUGGGAUGAGAAUAACGACCUAAUUCGUGAUUAUCUGCGCAUCAUUGCUGGUCCUGCAAUAACUCCUGACAAGAUAGUCGUACCUCUUGGUAGCCAUAUUUGCAUGUCUUCACAUGUUCAGGGAGUGAAUGGCUCACCAGGAACUUGGUCAGCAAGUGGAGAUAUUCUCUCACUAGACACUGUUUCUGGGGUAGCUGCUACACAUAAGAUUGGACGCUCUGUGGUGUCCUACGAAGUAAAUUCAGCAUUUAGCACAACAACAGAGGUCAACAUUUUACCAAUUGACAAGAUCAUUGUAUUUGGUACUCCAGUGGCUUUGGUGAAUGGUCACCAAGGAGAUUCAGAGAUGGCGAUGGUUAUCUUGGAAGCUGAGGGAAGUACAUCCUCCAGAUGCCUCCCAGUUGAUCCUCCAAUAAGCACUCCUCCGUUUACUUGUGUGGUGGCCCUUUUUCCACACAGUCCUGAGGUUGAUGCUAAGAAUUUCUUUGCUGCAACUGCUGUUUAUGUACCAGAAAAGGGUUAUGCAUGCAAGAUCACUUCACUUCUUGGCCCCUCAUCCAGUUUAGCAACAUUAGAUGCCUCUGUAAUUAUAGAGGCUGUUGUAGUUGGCAGAGGUCAGCAGGGAGAGGUGCGGUCCGGUCAGGUCACAGUACCCUUCCACCCCUCGCCAGUCUUGGACACGUAUGAAGUAAAACUUACUAACGAGGAGCCUUCUGUAACAGCCUUCUUUCAGGGCACAUCAGCUGUUCUUGAUAAGCUGGAGGUGCUUGCAUGCUCAGUUAAUGGCAUAGAGGUGUCUUUGGGCUACAUGAAAGACAACAAGAAACCAUUGAUCAUCUCUUCCAAGGAAUCGUUAUGGUCUUCAGAACUGUCACAGUCUAAAUUUUCAGUAUCUGUGAAUUCGCCUCUCACCAAGAAUAUCAUCGAGGUCAUGGUAGAAUUGGAGCUAGUGGGGGACGGGACCUGUGCUGUGCCGCGCGUAGACCUGGGAUUCUUCAGUCUUAUUGUGGCUGUGAUUGCCAACUACGACCAGUUUCUUGUUAGCUUUGGCUGCCUUUUCCUUAUAGUUGCCUCUAUCCUAGUAGGAUAUCAUGCUCUCUUUGGCCCUGGCUACAAACAAACACAACAGAAAGGUGUUUUUGCUAACUCACCUGCACCUCCUCCAACUAUGUCAUCAUUUUCCCCAGCGGUUUCAAGUUCACCUGGAAGUGGAGGCAAUGAUUCUGCCACCAAGCGUCAUGGCUACACGUCUCCUUCUCCACAGAGGAUCAAACUUUGGAGUGUCAACACAGAUCCAAUUUAUGGUGCUCCACCAUACAGAAGAGGAGCAUAUGAGGGAUCUCCCACUUAUGGUGUUACACCUAAAUGACUUUAGUUACGAUGCUAAUGCUUAUAUUUCCAAAGGUGUAAUUGUAUACCGUCUGUUAUGUUGUCCUUGUGUUCUAGCUUCUAGGCUGUUUUAAGCCUUAUAAUACAUUUUUAUGGUAUCCUAAAACAUUUCAUAAUGUUUUAGGAUCCUGAAUCAUGACUCGUGCUUGAUCCUGUGGAUAUGUAUGGUCAGUUGAUCUUAAUUGACUGGUGUAUAUAACUGGUUACUGUACUUAGUUACUGUAUAUAAAACUGUAUUAAAGUGGCUAGCUAGUAUUGGGGGUUGGGAAGGGAGGUAACAUCUCACAAAAAGUUAAAGAAAUCUUCAUUAUUUAUUGAUUUGACAAGUCUUAAAAUCUCCAUUUUUUUAUGGGGUGGAGAUGAUAAUUUCAAUUAAAAUAAUUUAUUUGUAAUUUAUUUGCUGUUAGGCUUCCACUGUAGAUUACAUUCAGUAUUUUUUUUUUCACUUACAAAUAGUGUUAAAUCUAGUUUAAUAAAGAGAGCAGAGUUGCAAUGCAGUACAGUUUAGGGUGCAUUUUAGCAAAUAUUAAGCGAGAUGCAUUUGGCUAAAUAGCAAACCUAGGAAAAAAUACUGUAAUUUAUAAUUCAGCCUUAAGAAAGUUGUAAACCCUUAUAUUCUUUUGGGUAAACACCUGAUGCUUGACAUGAGUGUGAGGUAGUGAAGAUCAGGUCAUAGUGUAUGUAACAUAAAUCUGUAGUUCUUUACCAUUCCUGACCAGAUAAAUGUAAGCUCUAUACAUGCAUAAUACGAACGUACAGGUAUGAGUGCAUUUGGUAAGACUAACAAAAAAAGUUUUUUUUUUUUAAUUCAACCUUUAGUAAAUUUUAAUUAGUUUUGUACAUCAGAAGAGCAAGUUAGUUUUCAUGAGUCAGUAAUUAAUUAUAAAAGAGCCAAUGUCAUAAUAUUGAAACAUUGUAAGUCAAGUCCUACUGUAUUGUUUUUGCUUUGAAAGCAACUUGACUUAGACUUGCUAAUAUUUGCUUAACAUUAUCCAGUAAACCCUCAAUUUAACAUACAGUGGACCCUCCCUUUUCGUCGAUCUCCAUUAUUGCCAAUUUCCAUUUUCGUCGACUUUUUUCGUCUAUGGUACGGAUCCUGUCUAGUGCCCAGCACGCAGACAAAGCUGCCUCCCACACGCAUUCUCAGGUAGUGUUGUAGUGUUUCUCGGUGAGUGAACAUAUCCUGCCAGAUCAUACAAAGCAUUUUAUAAUCCAUUGUUUUUGGCACUUGUUUAUUGUGUGUGACUGCUAAAUAAGCCACGAUGGGCCCAAAGAAAGCUUCUAGUGGCAGCCCUUUGGUGAAGAAUGUGAGAAACAUGAUAUAAUUCAAGAAAAAGUUUGUAGAAAAACACGAUAUAAUUCAAGAAAAAGUUUGUAGAAAAAUACAGCCCUUGUGGUUUAGUGCUUCUUUUUGAUUAUAAUAAUGUAGAAAAAUACAAAAGUGGUGGUGGUAGAGGGUGGUAGUGAUUGUGGUAGAGGGUGGUAGUGAUGGUGGUAGAGGGUGGUUGUGGUUGUGAUGGUGGUAAAGGGUGCCUUCUUCAGUGAUUUAGCGAUUCUGCUAACUCCUCCAAUGUUGCUGGAGUUAUAUAGGGCUACAGAAAACACUGCCGCCUCAGCUGCAGCCUUCACCACCAUUAUGUACAGCUUAUGCUCACAGUGGCCCUUAUACACCCAACAACAACAACAGAACACCAGUCAUGACAUACAUAAUGACUUAUUUUAUUCAUUUUAGAGUAUGUCAUGUUUCUAUGUUGUUAAUAUUGUUUAUUAUGUCAUAUUAGUUGAAUUGUGAUAGAUAAAUAAGCCGUAGAGUUGAUAUUAGUGUCAUAUUCUCCAACAAUAAACUCGCCUCCCUCUUCCCUAUGCCCAGUCUGCCAUACACCAACAAGUCUUCAAUAAAGGUAAGGAUGAUGUUAAAUGUUCAUUUAUACAUUUUAUUAGUGCUUAAUAAUUAUAUUUGAGCUAGGGAAGUGACCCCUGAUAAGGACUUGGUACCUAGAGUCCUUAUGGAGGGGGAUUCCCCUUCCAAACAAUAACCUCUCUUCCCUCUCCCCUCCUCCCUGUCUUCCAUCCAUCAACAACAACUUUCAAUAAAGGUAAGUGUCAUGUUGAAUGUUCAUUCUCUUGUGCAUGUAAAUCUAUCUUUAAGGUAAAAAAAAAUUUUUUUUUGUUAAUACUCCUGGGUGUCUGGAACGGAUUAAUUGGAUUUACAUUAUUUCUUAUGAGGAAAAAGGUUUCUGUUUUAGCCAAUUUCCGUUUUUGCCGAUUGCCCUGGAGCUGAUUAAACACGAAAACUGAGGGUCCACUGUACUUUUAAAAUAAUGGGCAAAAUACACCAAAUAAAUUGUACAUUCAACUCCUUUUUCAUUAUUUGUUGUUGUAUACAAUACUGCAUUAGGUAUACAGUAAGAGUACUAAGUACUUUUUGUUGUGAUUUUUUUAGUGUCCGUGUUAUUUAAGAAAUGCUCAAACACUCCUCUUGUAGUCUCUCGUAUUGUAGUUUUGCUGUAAUUUAAUGCUGCAUAAUAUAAGCAAGGUGAACUUACUCCUUAAAUUGUUUAUCAUAUAUUUUUAUAGCCAUUCGGGGAACUGGAUAUAAAGUAGAGCAGCUAAUUUAUUUUGCGAGGUGGAAGAAAGAAUAAAAAGUCACAACACUGUGGAUUUUUAGUAAGAUUUGGCAGAACUUAGCAAGCGAAUUGCAUAUGUGCCAAAUUUGUAUUUUAGAAUUAAUUAAAAAGGCUGCAUACCCACCAGGAAGGUUGGUCAAUAAUAAAAUGGGCUUAAUGCUUAGAGGGCAGUGCUUUAUGAGAAAAGAACACUGGUAUUAUCGUAUAAUAUUGAAGACAACAUUGGCAGUGAUACCAGUAUUCGAUUACAAUGUAUGUUUUGUUUUGGGGAGUAAAUAAAAUGUGUAUAGAAGAAACAAAAACAUGGUUGCCUAAGUAGGGAAGGGACAAUACCAGAAUUUUUGUCAAUAUUGAUACCAUACCCUCUAGGUUUAGUGCUUCUUUUUUAUUAUAAUAAUAAUACUAUACCCACCAAUACCUAUACAGGUUGGCCAUCAGUAAUCCUGCACUAAUUUCAACUAGCAUAAUUUCAAAUUUCUGGGGUUGCCUAACCAACCAGCCGCUACUGUUUGGUGGCGCUACUUGCUGCAUAAGUAAUUCCAAUUUCUUUUUCUCCACUUAUUGUUAUAACCUGCUCACUUUUAGCCCUAGCCAUGGUUCCAGUGAAUAAAAGAAAUGCUUCUCGUUGUGUAAAGCACAUACAUCGUACAUUGUCCAUAAAAGAUAAGAUGGCUUUGAAGCCACUGUCGGUCACCAUGAGCUCAGCUCACUCAUAUAAGUUGUGACUGGUAAAUUUGGGCCUACAUAUGAGAGAAUAGGUCUGUGGCAAGUGUGCACUAUAUAAAAAAAACCUUGCAGCACGCAGUGCAUAAUGAGAAAAAAACGGCAACCGUGCUUUUGAUGUAAAACAGCAACUUUUGCGGUGUAUUUUCAUAUGUUUUGUAUGGUUGUAUUCUCAUUUUUUUGGUCUCAUUUGAUAGAAUGAAAGAUAUAAUUUUGAUUGGUUUCAUACUGGAAAGUACAUACUACCUUAAAUUGAGCUCAAAAUAGCGGAAAUGUUCAAUUUUUGCUGAUGUUUAAGAGUAAACGAAUGACGUCACCAUCCAAUAUGUGUUCAACUGGCCUGUUUAAUACGCAGUCACGAAUAGGUUGACAUUAUUUAUACAGUUAUUACAAUAAUGCAGUAGCCUGCAUAACAGUAAAUCUUCUAUUUUUUUUGUACGAAUAAAAAUUCAAAGUGGAAAGCAAGUGUAAUAUAAGAGGGGCCUGGAGAUGUAACUAAUAAACAGAGAAAAUGUUAUUUUAGUGCCAGGAAUAUCUACAUUGUUUAUUCUGGACCCUGUUUUGAAAUUGGCAGCUCUUGAAAUUUGUGCAAAAUUGGCCAAAUUACCAAUUCCUGACCACUUUAUUGGGUAGUUGAAAUAGGUAAAUGAGCUGUUUCUUGUACUCGCCCGAAAAACUAGAAGGGAUACUAGCGAAACGGCUACGAGUUUAGUAAACUGCAACAAUGGAAUGGGCCAAAAAUGCAGCGUAAAGUGGGUGAAAUCGCCGAUGUGUAAAUAUCGCCAUUGUGUUUAAGUGUAUUCUAACCUAACCACUCUGCAAUCUGGCACCCUACAGGUCUGAUGAUUCCAGAAUAGUGAUUGUCAACCUGUACCAGCAAAAUUAGCCAAUACCCACCGAUACCUGUACUAGCAAAAUUAGCUAAUAUUUUGGCACAUCCCUAGCCUAAAGUUUUUUAAAGCUGUUUUUCCUGAAAUUCAGGAAAAAAAAAAUUUCUUUUUUCUUUUUUUUUUUUCAACACUUCAGUCGUCUCCACCGAUGCAGGGUGACCCAAAAAGAAAAUACUUUCAUUAUUAUUCAACACUUUCACCUCACUCAUACAUAAUUACUGUCUUUGCAGUGGCGCUCGGAUAUGACAGUUAAAAAGUCAACCUCCAAACUGUCAAUAUACCAAACCCCUCCUUUAAAGUGCAGUCAUUGUAUUUCCCAUUUUUCUUUUUAGUAAGCUGUAUGGGAAAAGGGGUUACUAGCCCAUUGUUCCCAGCAUCUUGGUUGACUUUUACAGCAUGCAUAGCUUAUGGAGGAAAGAUUCUCAUUCCACUUCCCCAUGGAUAUGAAAGGGAAAGCAAUAAGAACAAGAACUAUUAAGAUAAAAUCAAAGAAAACUCAGACGAGUGUGUAUACAUAAACAUGUACAUGUAUGUGUAGCAUGACCUAAGUGUAAGUAGAAGUAGCAAGACGUACCUGAAAUCUUGUAUGUUUGAGACAGAAAAAAAGACACCAGCAAUCCUGCCAUCAUGUAAAGCAAAUACAGGCUUCCGUUUUACACUCACUUGGUAGGACGGUAGUACCUCCCUACAGGAACAGGAGGCACACAAAAUGUAAGUUACUGUAUCUCCAAUUAAAAACAGGUGUAUGCUAAGACAUGAUUGGUAAAGGUCCAAGGCUCAAUACCCUUCCAAUAUAAGGUGAAUUAUCAACACCCCUAACUAGCUUCCAGAGGGAACUUGACAGUAGUUCUUGGUCAAUCACGACUGUGGUGCUUACAUUGGAUUAUGUUGCUAGCACCAUCCUGGAGGCCUGGUUCACAUCCACAUUGUGGAGAGAAUGACCCUUGGAACCUUAUGUGGGUGCACAUGUAGGUAGAUCUUCCCAAGAGCUACAGCAAACUGUGUAAUGUGGCAAGAUAUUUUAUGGGUAGAAAACCGCUGCUUGGUAUAAUUUUAUACCAAGUAGCCAUGAAAGUGAUAUUAGUACUGUUAUGUACAUAAGAGUCUGACAAAGAUAAUUAAAAAAAAAAUGUGGAGAAUGGACAGAAAAUAUGCCAGGUUCCUCCCAGCAGUAAGUCGUGUUCUUCAAGAACCUGAUAAAAUAGAUCACUUAGUUGGUCCUUUCUUAUUUUGAGGAAAGUGUUAUAUUUCAUGUAAUGUAUGAACAUGAUGCAAAUGUGGCUCAUUCCCCAACUGAGUGAUAGGAAUAUCAAUGAAAAGCUGCUUUUUAAUCAAGGAUCCAAGAAUGUUCAUAAGAGGUAAGCAUGAAGGAACAUACUUUGUUCCUUGAUUAUUCCCGUUCUGUUUAUUAGUUCACUGGUUUGCUUUAAAAAAAAAAAUGCCCAAAUUGUAUGGGCAUUGCCAUUUAUGAUUAACAUACAUAUUCUGAAAUGAUACUUCCGUCCAUCCUACAAUUAAGAUUUAAAGGCAUUGAUACUUGCCCCUGUUUACAUUUACUUGUACCUAAACAGUAUUCCUCUAAUAUUAAUUGUUUUGUAAAGCUUUAACUUCAGUGUUUAAAAAAUGUCUUCUACAUAUUAGUAAGAUUAAAAUUCCACUUCUUAAUUAACUAGGUGUGUAAUUCAGGGACAUACAUUCAACUGGUUUCAAGGGUUCUACUCUUGUAGCCUUCCCUGACUCCAAAUUUGACUGCUGCUGCCAGUAACUUGUAGGCCUUCAUAGCCAUCACAAUCUAGCUGAUUUGGUAUUCUGGAAUAUGUUCUUACUGGUAUGUAUGUAUGUUAAUUUUGCUAGUCGUUCAUGUACCAUGUGACACUUGUAACAAUACGGAGACUAGUUUACUUUAAUGAAAGUUUCAGUAGAGCUGCAAUCAGUCAACAGUCUUAUUACUGGUUGUAUGGUAAUUUGCUCUGGAUACUGAUAUAGUGGUUUAAGAAGCUUAUGCCUUGUUUUCAGUUUUUUCUUAUUGAUGAUUUGAACACAAAAUAAAAUGGUGCAAAGUGGGAGCUGUCAAAUCUUUUUUUUUUUUUGUUUUUUUUUUGAGAUACAGCUUUUUAGACAUCCCUCCAAACUGCCAAUAUCCUAAACCCCCUCCUUUAAAGUGCAGGCAUUUUACUUACCAUUUCCAGGACUCAAAUCUGGUUAACUGGUUUCCCUGAAUCCCUUUACAAAAUAUUACCCUUCUCACACUCCAACAGCUUGUCAGGUCCCAAAAACCAUUCGGCUCCAUAUAUAUAUAGAUAUAAAUUGAUUGAUUUUGAACAGAGGUUGGCCAAGAAGUUUGGAAAGGUUGUAUUGUAAAAUAAGGGAAUUAAAGGUGAGCAUCGAAAAAAGGAAAAUGACGAGUUAAAAAAAAAAGUAUAUGGCACUGCCAUUUCGGAGGGGAAGGAGUAUAAGGUGAAUGUACAGUACAGAAUUUAGAAAUUUGAGUUGAUAUGUCAACAAGUGGUGUACUCUUACUAUUUUUUUUUUCUCUCUCCACUAAUUUGCUUUUAGUAACCUACCUCCUUUUUUAUACAUUUGCAGCACUGCACAGCUCCCCUAUUCACCUUAUUGAUAGUACUAUUACUAUAUUCACAAGAAACAGAGUUCAGUAGGAAACAGAUCUAUAAUAAAUUACAAAAAAAUAUAUUUUUGAAAAAGUCAUGUUUGUGUUGAGAAUUCAUGGCAGUUUAGGGGUCUGAAGAACUGAAAAGGUACAUACUUUGCAUCAAUCUCCAUCAUACUAGUUUGUACAUUAGUGGCUUUAAGCUCUAUCCUGAAUUAAAAUGAUUUCUUAGUAAUAAAAUCACUUGCUAUUCAGUUUGAGCUUCACUUUUUGUGCAUCAACCCUUAGAUUACUAUAGUCAUAUAUAUCAUCCUGUGGAAUAGGCAGGAUUUGAACCCAUGGCAGGCCAGUCCUAAAACUAGUAGGCCAUUGCUCUAACCACUGUACCCUGCUGAUCAAAUAUUUAUCCACCUAGGUAAUCUCUACACUAGGAAGGUUAGCAUGGACCCCACUGACCACAAAUAAAGAUUUUUAGACAAAUCUCACACCAACAUAGAUGUGGCAAGAUCUAGCUAGUAGGAUUACCCAUUCCGCUGUAAUACAUCUAUCUAGCCAAAGGUGCAGUGCUGUAUAGCCCUUGUGGCUUAGCGCUUCUUUUUGAUUAUAAUAAUAAUAGCCAAAGGCACUUGAAUCGCUUUAAGAAGUUUGCUUGCAGGAUACAUGGAUUGGGGAAGGGGGAUGGUUGAGACCCUUGUACAGUACCUUCUGUAUACAGAACCAAAGUAAUUGUAAUUCUAGAAAUAAAGUAUGAUAAUGAUUAAA